UCGAAAUUGCGAUACGAUAACAGGGCUAUAACCGUGAAAAUCUAAGUUCGUCAAUUGCUGGCAGUUUUUUUGUUACUCUAUUUACAUCUUAGUGAGAGUAAAAGAGAAAGAUCCCCACAAUUUGCGAAUUUCGAUUUUCGCGGUAGGCCCCUUGCUCUAAGGUCCCUUUUGGUAGUAUUUUCAGAUAUUAUUAUGGCAACACUACACCUGUGAACUGUCACUGUCAAUGUCACAUUUACUUUAGUCAUGUCAUGUCACUUGUUUGUGAAAUAGUUGCUUACGGAAAGGAAUAUAAGCAUAAAACAGCAAUAUUUUACACUAUUAUUUCAAAGAGAUAACCCAAAUCGAUGAAAAAAUGCCAUCAACAAAAACGGAAGCACUAAAAGAAACUGUGACGGUGUUAAUAAAUGCUAUAGGAGAUAAGGAGAACUCAGUCAACAACGUUGUCAUAAAGUCCCUCACGAAGAUAGCGAAUAACUACCCGAAUGAAGUGAUAGAAAUAUUUUGUGAUUAUUAUAAGAACGCGACAUUCGUCACUGGUACACAUUUGGGAAAUGUUGUAAAAGUCCUGGAGCAAACAUGUGUGAACCAAGUUAAGCGGCUGGACAAGGCCAUAGCAGAAGAGUUGACAAGCAACAUGCUCCGCAUUAUGACAGAAAACUCGGAACCGGAUCCUGCUGUGCAGAUGGGGGCGUCAGCAGUGCUGGUUGCGAUUGGACAUGAAUAUCUGGACUUGGUCCUCCGCUCGCUCAUAAACCAGCUGCCAGCAUCGUCCGUGCCUCACUACACGAUCGCACACACGCUGGGCACGUUGGCAGCAGUCAACACUCGUGCAACAGUGCCACAUGUUAAAGAAGUGCUGUCCAAGAUGCUGCCCCUGCUGCCGCUGCUGCGUCAGAACGCCAACAAACAGGCCUUUGCUUACGCAUUCGGCCACUUCGCGGUCGCCGUAUCAGAGCAGAUCGGCGACAACGUCGAAAACGACAACAUAACCUCCAUCAAAGACAACUUUGUCACCGAAUUCUGUCUGAUAUUCGACGUCUUAUACAACCAAUGGCUGCCUUCUAACGAGCCUAGAGUCGCCGAGUCCGUACUGGAGGCUUUAGGCCCCAUCACUAGACUCAUAUCUGAAAGACAGUUUAAUGAUACUGUCAAUAAAUUCAUGCUUUCAUUACUCAGUCUUUACAGAAGGCCGCAACUGAAUCUAUACUACGUCAGUCAAUGUAUAUCGUACUUACUCACACCUUCGCCUCUCAACCCGAAAUUAACUUUGCAAGACAGCGUAAUAAACUCAAUAAAUCAUGUCCUUUUCAAUUUAGUUCUCUUAGAACCUGAUUAUGAUCAGCCGCAUACAGUGAAAAACCAUUUCGAAGUACUACGUUGCUUCGAUCAUAUGACCACGCAGUUUUCUGACCAAACUGUCGAAGGGCUUUUACACCAGUGUAAGAAUAAUCAGGAAAAAGACAGAAUGAAAGCUGUCAUCGUUCUCACUCAUCUGAUCACGUCUUCACAGAUAUUUAUUGAAAGAUACGCAUCGAAGUUUAUUGUUUUACUAAAAAUUAUGAUAGCGAACGAGCAAGGGCUUAAAAUGAAGAAACUCCUUGUGAAAGCAAUUGUAGGAUUGGUUUAUAGAAACUGUAUAACGGCUGCAGAAGAUUUCGCGAUGGUCGAGUUCAUAAUAAAACAUUGUGGCUUCGAACCAGUAGGGAAUAUCCCGAAACAUGAGCUCACAGAUUUGCACGAUACGUGUAAGAGUUCUUUAGUGUUGAUGUGCAAUACUGUGACCAGCGUAAGAACCCCUCUGCGUAAUUUACUCCUCAACGCUUUGACGGUUGAAGAGUUCACUCCUUCCAUGUCGACCGUCAGCCAUUGCUUGACGUCUUUACUCCAGAAUAAUUCAGAUGUAAUUGUUGAAGAUCAAAACGAGAAACCUGUUGAGCUAAAAUGCUCUCCAGACCUUGUUUUCAUUAGAUGCAUUACCCAUAUAGCUGUCCCUGAGGAGAUCGAAAGGAACAGGAACUUAUUGUUGUUUUUGGAGGAAUAUUCAGGCGAUGUUCAUAAGAAUUUAAAGAACUCCUGGACUGUUGAGAUUCAGAGGCUGUUAAAGUUUGUAGAAAAGAACGAAUCUCAAGAUCAAUGGCAUGGGAUGUUGCUUGAUCUCCUGGUGUCAGCAGUGGAACAGGUGAACAACAAUAAGUGGGUAGAAACGAUUGCCACUUUACUAUCCCAACAGAUCAACGGGAAAAAGCAGGCAAAUAUGAUUAAAGGAGUAUCUCUUCAGUAUUUAGCUAUUCUUUCCUGCCACAUGUCUAAUGCUGCUGUUGUGGAAAAAGUGCUAAAACUGAUUCUGCAUCAGUUGAGAUCAAUACCAAUGGAGAUUUCUGAUUAUGUCAGUGAAGCCAUAGGUAUAGCUUCAAGGCAACAUGGAGAAUUCGUUUUAAACGAGCUAGAUGCAGCUUACAAGGAUAACGAAGCUAGAAGGAGCAGCAAAUUGCUUAAUUUCUUAUCAUCAAGAGCGUCUAGAAGCGACGUUGAGCUUGGCAUUGUUAAAUACACCAUUAUUAUUUGCUACGGAAAAGUAGCUCAUAAUUGCUUGGAUGUUCACGUUUUAGCAAGACUCGGGGAGAAUGUUACGGCGAUUCUCUAUGAAAUUUUGAAGUCUAAUCCACAGUUUGACUUAUGUAAAGCCAGCAUAACUACGCUAUACGAAAUAAGCAAAGCAUUAUAUCCAGCGUCACACCAUAAUAUCACUUUAAGGAACCGAUGGCAGUUGCUUAACGCAGUUUUAGAGCAGAUCUACAACUCAAACCUAGAAAAACGUAACGUGGAACUGUAUCCAAUGAUUGUCAAAGCUUCUAAAGCAUUAACUAAACUACAAAAAGGGAUACUACCUGAAGAAAGAAACACGAUUCUCCGCAUUUUAUUCAACAGCGUCUUCGGAGAACUUUCCUCAUAUAAAAGGAAAUAUGAAAUGGAAGGGAAUGGUGAUAGAAACGAUCUAUUAGCUAAAACUUUAAAUGACAGCUUGUCAUUGCUACAUAGACUGAUUCAAGAACUGAUCAUACAGUCCACUUGCCUUAGCACGAUUGAUGAUUUGAUCGGAUUGCUACUCGAAUGGCUUCGACAUGAAAACGAUGAAAUCAGAACUGCAUCAAUAUUGAUAUUACAAGUCAUGUUCGACACUUUCAUCAAAAAUGUUAAACUCAACUAUGAAACUCCAAGCAAAUUUGGGCAAAUGGGUUAUCUACUUGGACUCAUCGUCCCAGGAAUCGCCGAUACAAAUUUCCCAGUCAGACUGACCACAAUAGAUUGCAUAAAACUAAUCAUACAAAUCCAAGACUUAUACGAAGGCCAUACAAUAGAACCUAACGAUGAAUGCAUGGCCGAUUUAGCCGAAAUGCAAAAGAAUGUCCUCACGAAUGAUUUAGGAAUGAUAAAUGAUUACUGCAUGGUGUUAUGUGACGUUAUAUCUCCUAAAAUACCUCAUCAUCAUACAAUGCAGUUUGUUGAAAGUUUGCUAGAAGGUUAUGAUGACCAGGAGUUAAGAAGCGAGGGUAUUAGUGCGGUUUUAGACGCCCUGUUUAUUAAAAGAGGUCAGGAUUUGUUCCAAUGUAUAGAGAGGAUAGUGGAAGUGGUGUUGGGGACUAUGGAUCGGGUGGGCGAGGUGUCGAGAGAGAAACUGAUGGCGCCGCUGCUGUCGUUGUCGGGGCAUCAUACUAAUGCGGUUACUGCUAUGUUGUUGGCGCAGAGGCUGCCUUUUAAAGAAUCGGUAGUCAGAUGCUGGCGCCAUCUAGCGCGAGACGAAGGCUUAGCGAACGCCAUCGUGGACAACUUCCUACGUCUCAUGGGAUCUAUAGAGUUGUACGAAGACCCGUAUCAUAUCACGGAGAACCAUAUCGCGGCGUUACAGCCUUUGACUCUAAUAAGCGCCCUCGGAGAGAUGCUUCAAGAGGAGUCCAUGAACCCGAUCUGCGAGUCCAAAUUCACGGACCUUUUCGCUGUGCUCUACACAACAUUAGCCUGUUACAUAGAGGCCGAGCCUCCCGCCUACGCACCGGCUCAGAAGAAGUCCCAAGAACGCUUUGGGUUCAUCCCGAAUAGAGACUCUAUCAGGCUAUCGCCUGCGAAGAUCACUAUUAACACGUUUAAUGCAUUUUUAGACAGAUCGGGGUGUUCUAAGGUGAAAGAAGCCUGUUCUCUCUGUCUAAGCGUCGAGCACGGCGACCCCAGCACGACCAUCCUAGAACUAGCCCCCAUACUAAGUUCGUCCAUCGCUCGCUGCAAGCCGGCUUUAUUACCCAAACUAGUAUCCCGAGUGGCUGUACAUGCAAGGAGCGCUUUACCUCCUCAGAGAGCCGCGGCGCACGCUGCCGCUCAUGCUGCGCUCACUUACAGAUGCAACGACAACCCAGUCCUCAUAGAAACCGUGCUCGCCAUCUUAAGCAUCGGUUGGAAGGACGAGCACCCGCGGGUGCGCGCCACGUGCCUGCGCGGCGCGGCGGGCGUGGCGCGGCUGCGGCCCGAGCACCGCGCGCAGGCGCUGCCCGGCGCGCUGUCCGCGCUGAGCCAGGGGAUCGACGCGCCAGUUACACAAAAAUCAACAGAAAACGUGCCUCUAGCGGCCAUUCAAGGCCUAAGCCGCCUGCUCCUCGACCUAGACAAACUCGACAAAGAACACGAUCGGGAACUCCUCUCUAUCUCCCAGAAAAUACGACCAUUCAUGAACACAGAGUCCGGACAGCUUCGAGAGAGUUCUAUUAGGCUGUUCGGUAUUAUAGCAGGGCUGGUUAAGGGCGAGCUGGUCGAGCAGGCCGUGAGCUCGCUGCCUUGUUUCCUGCUGCAUUUGUGUGAUAACAACCCGGCUGUAGUGAGAGCAAGCAAAUUCACCCUCAAGCAGAUAUUUAAGAUCUUCAACGUAAAGAAAUCCAACGAUCUCAUCCAAACGCACCUAUUAGACGAAGGCCGACUGUAUCUCGACGAGUUUCUAUCGGCGUUGCUGCGCCAGUUGGCGGACGAGAUGCCAAGCAGUGUGGCCAAGUGUAUACAGAGUAGUGUCAACUAUUUACACUGUGCGAGAGAGGAGAUGAAGCCUCACCCGCCGUUAUUGAUAGGGCUCCUGUACGCGGAGCUCCACCGCAUAUCGGAGCAGCACCCGGACGCCGCGGAGCUGGACGCGGGCGUGGCGGCCGCCGCCAGGAGCCGCCUGCUGACCCUCAUCAAGGACGCCAACCCCAUCGUGCGGCAGAACUCCGCCAUGGCCCUCGCUAACACAUGUCUGGUGGAGGCCAGCGAUUGACCCGCACCGAUAUAUUUGUACAAGGGUGUUUUGUUUAACAAACGAUUUUAAACACAUGUUUACUGUUAUAAUAAAUAAAAACAAAAUGCUAUCCUGUUCAUAAUAAAUAAUAUGGAGUUCGCGAACAUUUGUCUGACCCUCGCGGGAUAGUUCUUGUGUCAAAAAUUUUGCUUUCUGAUAAAAUUUAUUAAAAUUUCUGUGUUAAAAUUUACUUCUUAGUUUCGUAAGUCUCGUCUCCUGUUUGUCAUCAAUGACACUGAUCCAAUAGGCCGACAGUACGCUGCCUUGGCCCUGGGCUAAUAUAUGUCUGGUUGAGGUGAUCGAUUGACCCGCGCCGAUAUA